AUGUCGACUACUCCAUACAGCGCCGAAGAAAUGGAAGCGAUCCGCAUUUGCCAGCGAUCUGGAUUAUCUCGAAUAGUACCAGAAAAUGAGGUCUACAAAGGAGGAGAAGAAGGAACACGAUGGUGGGUAAAGCUACAGAUGUUUGACCCUGUCACACUUCCAGAAGACUUCACACAGAUACCCAAACGUUGCUUCCUUUCAGAUCGCGUGGUCGGUUAUCUCUGGGCAAAUCCCGGAUCCAUUGGCGUUGAGCUUCGACAUCGUUAUUGGCCUGGAGAUUUUGCGAGAGCCGGUAGGCUCAACACCUUCAAAGAGGUUCGUGCUCACGUUGGACUGCCUGCAGUCACUACCGAGGGCGAGAUUGUUGCCGUCCGCAAAGGAACUUCCUCGAAAUAUUCCUUGCUAAGAGGAUCGAUGGAGCUCGAUGAAUUGAAUCGCCCGCCAUACAACUUGUCUGGCCCGCCACUUCAUUACAUCCCUUACUCUUAUCAAGAGCUCAACGGUGCCCAAAAUCGUGUCAAUCACUCUCUAGUGCUUUCUAUCUUCCAAGACAUUGCAGCGCCAAAAACAUUCGCAAACGGAACGAUCAACCUAAAGCGAAAGAUCAGAUGCGAACGGCCAACGGAGGAGCUAGCUUCUCCUGAUGCGUCGCUAUCGACUGGGUCUAGGGCACUGAGAAGCGCGCGCCGUUUAACUCAGCGCCUCAACGCAAUUCAAGAGCAGAUUGAAUCCUCGAUAGGCGUGGUGGAAACCCCUCCCGUUUUACAUGGAACACGAAUCCCCUCUAUUCCAAGUCCUGGGGUCGCAGAACAAUCUCCCGCCAGAUACGAGUCAACCAAUAAAUUUCAAUCAUCACAUUCUCCAUCGAAUUACCAACAGGGUGGUACGCGUAUAUCAGUCGGACUGGACUCUCACAGACCGUCAAGUGCUCGCCAUGAAAGCGCACCGCCGGACAAUCGAUCGGAACAUUCCGAUGAAGAGGUCGGUCCCUCUUUCAAUCCACAACGGCGAAGCAUGUCCCAUAAUUCGAGAGACCCCCCUUCCAUGCUUACAUACAAACCUUUGUAUGUAACCCAAGACGCUAACAGUUGGAGCACGAGCACAUUGAAAGAAUUCCUAAAGACAGAAUACGGAGUAUCUCAGCAAGGAGGCUGCUUGUUUGGUGCCAAUAAGAUUAGCGGCAGAGACUUUAUACAGCUGCAAGAGGAAGCUAUUCGAAAUCUAGUUUUCUUUAUCCCUGGCGACCUAGAAGCUGUCUUACAAGCUCAUCGAUCGCUCUCCAUAGGCAGGACUCAGCGGAUCGUGGAUAAUCUCCAAGUUCGAAGUUCAGGCGCCACAUCGGACGACACAUCGCCCAAAGUGCCACUUGAUCGUGAGCAAGAUGAGGAACGUUGGCUGAAGCGGACCGAACGUGAAUUCAUGCAGCAAAUGCAGGUGAAGCCUCAAGGAAACGAAGUAUUGCAGACCGAGGAGGACAGCCGUAGUGUGAAGGACGACCACUCACCCUUCCGUGCCAACGAUACACCUCUCAGCGUCUAUGAGCAAACCAAUGGAGAAGAGUCCGACAUAUAUGGUGCCUCACCAAUUCAGAAGCAUAAACGAGCAGCAGAAAUCGUUUCAAACACUCCUCCAGUGCCAUCAACCCUGGGUGAUGAUGACUAUGAUGACAAUAGAUCGUCAUCAAACGCGCCAAGCUCACCAGCGCCUGGCAUCGAAGAGACACCGUCUCCACGCCAUGAUCUUGAUUCCGCACUAACACCUUCAGGCUCACCAGCUUCACCUUCUCCAGCUCUGAUUGCGCGAGCUCCAUUCGCAGAUAUACUCGUCGAGAGCCCUUUCUCUCAAAACGAGCUUAAGAGGCCGGCUUCGCCAUUCUUGAUCAAAAGCCAGCACCCUCGGUCUUUGUCUCUGGAGUCACAAUGGACCACGCAGGACUCUAACAAAAAGCGAAGACGAAGAUGA